AUGAAAUGGUUGACCUCCGGAUUUGAUCGAUCUGUAGCUAAGCACGACCAUUUCAUCCCGUUCGAUGAGUCGAUGCCAUUCACAGAAACCGAUCUGUUCAAUUAUAAAGUCCCAGACAUAGACCACGCAUCCUUAUUGGCGGACCAAGCAAUCUUCAAACCAGUGACGAUUCGAAAACUGAGACAUCCUCGAAUCAGCAGCAGCGAACGCUUGCCCUUUGUAGGCGGACUGGAAUCGAUCAAGAGCGGCUCUCAAGGCCAGGUUGUCAAGGCUACAAUAGCACAAAGUCAUUGGGAAAUUCAAGAAGACGAAACUCAGAACGAUGCCAAUUUCGUGCCCGGUAACCCGAACAGCACGAAGGUUGUAGCUCUCAAGAUUUUCGAGGCCGUGGAACCUGCUCGCGAUAUGGUAGAGGCUACCCGGGACUUCGAAAUCGAGCUCAAGAUCCUCAAGGAGUUGCGAACCUCCAAUACUAAGCAUGAUAUGAUCUUGCUAGAUUGGGGCAGUAUAACCGAACUCGACGGGGCAGGAAAGCCGACCAGACAAUCCCUCAUCUUCGAACUGGCAAGUUUUAGUCUGGGUGACCUGCUCAACGAUAAGAAUCGCGCCCAGGAAGAUAUUGAACCAUCUCGCCUGCUCGCCAGCCUUGUUGACAUCGUCGAAGCAUUAGAAUGCUUGCACCAUCAACUCAAAACUUUACAUCUCGACAUCAAACCUGACAACAUCUUGAUAUUCGAGACCUUUUCUGGUACUGGGAACGAAAGACAGUCCAAGCUUACCUGGAAGCUCAGCGACUUUGGUCUGGCUCGCAAAAGAGAUGCUAAGAAACGGAGGCUAGGGUCUGCACAGACCUCUACGGCUACGUCGCGAACAUCGACUCAGCCCGCAACGAGACCGCCUGGUCUAUAUCAGGCUCCAGAGAUCCAGGAGGAGGAGACUAGUGUAGCAGGUCAGGGUAGUGAUGUCUGGUCUAUGGGCUGUGUAACGCUCAUGGUACUUGCGUUCAUUGCCGAUGGUUCAAAGGCAGUCAGGGAGUUAGAGACAUUCUUGAUGGUCGAUUUCAUGAACUGCGCUGGUAAAGAGCCAUUGUUCUACGUAAGGAGCGACUCAUAUCAAUGGGAAGACCGAGAUAAGCACAUCUGCUGCUAUCUACCGGAGCAGGCCCCAAACGUGUGUAUCAUUCCAGGACCAGGAAGACAAUUCAGCGCUGCUCUGCAUCCCUUUCUUAUACAUUGGUCCAACACACUACUCAGAGCAACCUACGACCGUCGAAUUGAGCAAAGAUUUGUAUUAGCCAUACUCAAGGUGAUUUUUGGACGGGUUCUUCGCGUCGAUCGCAACCAAAGAAUAGGAGCGACAGAGCUGCGUGAUAGACUUGCCAAGAUUCAGCGAGAUUGGAAAUCGUAUGACCUUGCGCCUAAAGGCUACGAAUAUUGCUACCUCUUAGAAGAAUUGAGGCUUCUGCAGGACGGCCACGCGGAAGAACAUGGACCUAGCCGCCAAAGGCGAUCUGAUGAGUUCCUCGCAUUGCAAGAACCAGAAACUUGCCACAGCAUCUUGGAAACAGCCUCUCCUCCACCGACCAUCACCGGCUCACGUGCGACUCUUCCGGAUACUUUGCAUAAUUCUCUGCACUCAAUAUCCUCCAGCGGAGACUCUUUGCUAGAAGAAUCGAUCCAUUCGCAAGAUCGAGUGGCGCAAACACAAGACCCAAUAGUAGUGAUGCCAUAUGGACAAGUCCAAGCUCAAGAUGAAACGACGGCAUCCAUGGGAAGGGAAGCACCGCAAGAUCAGCGAGAUGUCACGCCGGAGCAGAACCCACAAAUACAACGAGAACUUUGCUCUGCAAUUGAGCGGGAUGAUACUGCCAGCGUGAGACUACAGCUCGAACAGAACCCUGAGAUAUUGGCACAGCUAUUGCCUUCCGCAAACAAACAUCCUAUCCAUUGGGCUCUGUCCAACAACGCCUAUAAAGCUCUCGAUGCGCUUCUUGAGAAGGCGUCGCGUGAGAUCACAAAUCUGCCGUGUAGCCGACGCACUGCGCUGGAUAUCGCAUUGGAUUCGGGAAAGCCUGCAGCGCUUGACUGCAUCCGAAAGCAUCGCGACAAGUUUGAGUUCCCGCUUGCGCUUUACGAGAAGCGCAAGAAGAAUCUUGGGCGGGAAGCCAAAGAGAUCGCGGAUGAUCUGUUUGCUAUCAAGAAAGCCGCGGCUCCUAAGCAAAGGACAUUUCUUGGACUCCGUAGGAGCCGGACAUCUAAUCUGUCUGCAUGA